AUGGAUUUCGGCCACUUCCUCUCGGUGAGGGGGCGAAAGCCAGCAGUCAAGAGUCUCCCUCACAGGAAUGGCGACUCUCGAGGCCAUCUACCACUGAUAUCGUCACCUUUAAACGCGACCGAAGACAUCGUUUCUGAACUUGCAGAUUCUCCCGACCAGGACAAAUACAAGUCGCGAAGACCUAAAAGCUUUGACACCAUCUCAACGACGAGUAGUGGCAACCCCAACAUCUACAAGUCCCACCAUGAAGCCAGCACGAUCGAGCUGUUCUACGACCUGUUCUUCGUGGCGAACCUGGCGUACUUUACGGCGAUGCAUCAGCACGUCGAUGCUCCGUCCGUUCUCAAUUACUUGAAGCUAUUCACGCUGAUGUGGUUCACGUGGCUGUCGACAAUACUGUACGACGUGCGUUUCGUCGCAGACUCCGUGUACAACAGAGUGUGCAAGUUGGUGCACUUUGGGGUCAUGGCCGGAUUUGUCUUUGCGGGACCUGUGUUUGAUAAGUACGAUAAGGCAGUGGACCAAAGAUACUAUAAGGCGUUCGCGCUGGUCUUGUUCGUGUCCAGGAUCGUUAUUGCGGUACAGUAUAUCGUGGUUAUGUGGCAGAGCAGACGGUUCAAGAAAGCUCUGCUUCCACUGGGCAUGACGGCAGCCGUGUACAUCACAACGGCGGUCCUGUACUUGAUCACCCAUUUCUCAUUCCCAAGUGCAGGCCCUAUCCUGUGGUACGAGCUGUUUGUUUGGUUCGUCCUGUCCAUUGGAGAAGGUGUCGCCACCAUGCUCAUCGCAAUCUUCUUUAGAAUCAUAAGCUUCAAGUACACGCAUCUCGUUGAAAGGAUGGGUCUCCUCUCACUGAUUCUUAUGGGCGAAGGUAUCAUCGGGAUGGUUAAGUCCGUUUCGUGCGUAACCAAGGGACAGGUGACGAACAGCGGCGCGGAGAUCGGCACAGUCGUUUCGGCCAUCAUCCUCAUCUACCUGAUCUGGAUCCUGUACUUCGAUGCCAUCGAUCACCAUCGGUUCGGAACAAUCAGACAGCAGAUCUGGGCGCUGCUGCACUACCCCCUGCACAUUGCUAUCCUCCUGACCGUCGAGGGAAACACUGCACUCAUCGUGUGGAACAGCGUCGUACAAGGAUUCAAAUUUGUCUGGGCACGUCAGCCUCAACCUGCAGACGCUCCCGGGACAAACUUUGCGUCCAGCCAGGACUUUAUCAACUUCAUUAACGCGUCCAUGGUCGCUAUCGACAAGCAAUUCUCAUCCAGCAAGUGGAGCGUCGAGUACCCGUGGCGAGGCAAUUUGACGGCGUUGGCAAACAUUUCGAGUACGUAUCCGUUCAAGUCUGCCGAAUGGAACAACGCCACAGCCGCUAUCGUGAACAGAAUGUUCACGUCAGCAAAGCUCUUUAUCGUCACGUCUCAUAAGGAGACGAUGGACAAGAUAGUUGCCAUUAUGCCGACCAUCACGGACGACCAGGCGGCGUUGAAUUCAAUAUAUGGAGUCUUCGAUAUCGUGGUGCUAUACUUCUACGUUUGUGCCGGUGGCAUGCUGCUGAUCCUCGCGAUCAUGUAUUGGUUUGGGAAGCUGCACAAAACCAAGUACGAAUUCGGUGAAAUGAUCAACCGGACAAUCAUGGGCUUUGUCAUUCCCGUGGUCGGGGUCACAGCGUCGUUGACGAACAAGUCUGAGACGGGUUUCAAGUUUGUCGCGAGCAACUGGCUCAUCCCGACAGUGAUGCUAGGCUUUCUGAUCGUCGUGGUUCUAGACAAUGUCAUCUUGACCGUCGCUCACCUCACAGACAAGCACCGCAAGCGUUCGAGCCGCUGGUCCGGAGGCACAUACGUGCGGUCUCCGGAUGCCGAAGACGACGAUGACACUACAAAUCUGGUUGACGGGUCCAAGAUCCGGCUGGCCGAGCGUGACACCGUCUCUUCGACGUACAGCCGCGACACCGCCUAUGAGCCAUACGACACGUAUGCCGCCCAAGUCAGCGUAUCAGACAACCAGCGUGGGACUUCUGGAACUGAAGGGUUGAGUAGAGGUACCUCGCCGCAUCGGCAACAGAUUCCGAUGUCCAUGGUGAUGUAGAACAAACUUCCGGUCGGGCCACAACAGAAGCGGACAUGCGGCUUGUGCGGCGACGAAGUCGAAUGUACUCGCAGCAUCAGAUCAACAAGUGCCAUGGCCGUGCGGCGGACGCGAGGCUCAAUCAGUGAAGCUAAUUGCCUUUGACUCGAAGCGUGGUGCGACACAUAACAGUAGAUAGCGCGACGAGGUGACUAUCCUUAACAGGUGUUCGAUGCAAGCAAUGGCGAAAUGGCAAUCCUGAG